CACAAUUGUGAAAUUUUAACUUGUCCAAAUAUGGGAAAUUGGGUGUUGCUCAAUUCACAGAAUUUGUCCUUCUUCAAUUUUCUCUCUCACAUAUUUUCCAAGCUCUGUUCACACACGGCAUACACCCCCACCCGCUUCACCUACUCACACCGCUUCCACCACCAGUCGCCGCCGCCGCCGCCGACGACUCAGCCUCAGCCGCCGAAUGCGUCUUUCCGUACUCGGAGGACGUUUCUUGUUUUGCUUGCCCUUCCAGACCUUGGUGAACUCUACCAUUUAUUAUUUGACCGCUUUACCCUAAACAAUUCUUGAGUUCCCGCCAACAGCUCAUUUGGAAUCGGAGUUUUGCAGUGUUCGAUCACUUCUAUUUUCCACCGGCUUGCGAGGAUCUAAGAUUUUUUGGGGUCUCUGUAAUCGAACGGAGGAUUUCGUAACAGAGAAUGAGGACAACAUACUACAAUACUGUACCUCGGGUGGAGGAUCAGUGGCCUAUCAGAAAAGCACUCACACUCUCUGAUGUUGAUAUCACCCAUCCUUUUCUAACAUUGUCGCGGCAACAAGUUGAAACUCAUAUAGUGGUGUACAUGACACCUCAACAGCAAGAACAUUUACAAGCUGAAGGACAAGUGAGUCUUAGUGCUCAGGAUGAUGAUACUGGAGAUAUGUAUUCAAUGAAAUUGAAGUGGCGUGGUAGCUACUAUAAUCUCAUUGGAAAAUGGGGAAAAGUUGUUCGUGGAAAGGGGCUUGAUGUUGGGCAGGAAAUUAGACUACGGUGGUUUAAUGGUUGCUUACACUUCUCAGUUCCUCAACAGCAGAUUGUUGCAAUACCACAACCAACCCGACCUGUUGCAGCACCGUUGGUGCAGGACCACUGGCCUAUUAGAAAGGUCUUAACAUCGUCUGAUGUUGAUCCUAAUCAUCCCUUUCUUCCAUUGCCUCGUAAAUCAGUUGAAGAACAUAUUCUUCUGCACUGGGUGCCUCAAGAAAGGGAAAGAUUGAGAAAGGAAGAGCAUGUGUCUAUAAAUGCUCGAGAUUAUGAUACAGGUGAUACUCAUGGGAUGAAAUUGAAAUGGCGCGGCAAUUAUUACAACCUUAUUGGGAAAUGGGGGAAUAUAAUUAGACAUAAAGGUCUUGGUGUUGGACAAGAAAUCAGAUUACGUUGGGCAAAUAAUUGCUUAUACUUCUCAGUUCCAGAGGAGCGUCAUGUUGCAACAGCAUCUGGACAUGAUAAUUGGCCUGUAAGGAAAGCUCUGACAUUGUCGGAUGUGGACACCAAUCACCCAUUCCUCACUUUGCCAGGCAAAGCAGUAGAAGAUCACAUUCUCUUCUACUGGACGCAACAAGCUCGGGAGCAAUUGAGGAAUGAGCAUCAAGUUGGUAUCAAUGCUCGAGACGAUGAUACAGGAGAUGUGUAUGUAAUGAAAUUGAAAUGGCGUGGAAGUUAUUACAAUUUGAUUGGUAAAUGGGGUAAAAUUAUCAGAGAGAAGAACCUGCAAGUUGGGAGAGAGAUUGGAUUACGCUGGGAUAAUGGAUGCUUGAUCUUUUCAGUUCCUCAAUGAUAUGGUAAAUUUGUGUGGAUAUAGGUAGAUAAUUUCACCCAUCAAAUUCACAUUUUUUGUUUAUUCAUCAAAGAGCAAAUUUGAGGAGUGCUAAUGAAAACAAAGACAACCAACAAACUCGAGUUGAAAAGAAAAACAAAAGAUCAUUGUACAAGUAACACAUUUGGGGUCUACAGUCAAGUUUUUUUGGAAUCGGUGGUGACAUCAAGUUUCUAUGCAAAACGAGAUUUUUGCUGUUGCCGGUAUACAAACAGGAAGUUUGUCAGUCACGGCAGAAGGCAUUCUUGAAGUUGAGGUACGUUUGUACCAUUUAUUUCCAUUAGGAAUGCAGUUCAUGAGCUGAUCCAAUUGAAAUUUCUGGGAAUGAUGGCAUAUGAUGAUUCCACCAUUACUUUCUUGUGAUAACUUCUUGUUCUCAAGUAAGAUUGACCCACCUGGACUAUGCUCCUUUGUUGAUGAAAUUCAAUAGCAAAAUACAAAGUGAACACACUUUUCCUGUUUUGAUUAAAUGCAGUACAACAACUGUGUUUAGUUGAUUUUUCUGUAUAGUAGUAAAUCUUGUGCAAUUUCAGCAUCUUUUUGUUCUCCAGAUUCCGUUGUAUUUCAACUUCAGAAGCUUUCUGAGAGAAGUAACAGGCAUCUUAUGUUCAUGUUUUCUGCUCCUAUUUUGAGAAACUACAAAACUUUUCAAGUA